AUGGACACGCAGACGAUGGGAGAGUGCUUGGUGUGCGGAGAGGAGACGAAGAACCGGUGCUCAGCGUGCGCGAAGGCAGGAAUCGACCUCUUCUUCUGCUCGCCGGAACACCAGAAGUUUGUCUGGUACGCGCAUCGCCUCUUCUGCGGGCGCGGUACGGCAAACCCGCCCCUCUUGCCCAAUCUCUCUGCCGAAGAACUCGACAGCGCACGUCAGCGCCGAUCGAACCCGCUCUUUGGGGUAUCCGGCGACGAAGAAGCUUCUCGUUGCAUCAUCGAUUACCUUUCUGGUUCGAGUGGACCCUGCUCUCCUCCCUUGCAGAACGUCGCCUGCGUCCUUGCGUACAUCCGCGCAACGCGCUGGUGCGAUCCGACGACAGACCUCGAAGAGCUCAGCCGCCGCCCGUUCCCAGCCUUCAUUGUCGACCACGUCAGCAAGCUCUUGUGGUCGUUCACUGCCUGCCUCACUUCUGUCGGGACCCUUCCAGACGAGAUCAUCGAAACGUCGUGGUGGAGCCCGCUCUUCCACCGCCUCCUCAUACUCUCGGCUCUCGUUGAGAAGACGCUGGACGACUGCACCCCGAAGCAUAUCGAAUGGGUGGCAGGCGCAUAUCAGCGUCUGCGCGAGUGGUUGAAGAGCGGCUUGGGAACUGGGAACGCGUCGCUUGGACGUUCUCUGGAUCUUGCUAUGAUCCGUACCACACAGCUUGACAUGCUGUGUGGAGCCGAGGAUCCCUUCCACAGCAAACACCGCACAGCCUCCACUGACUAA